AUGCUCUACAGUAUGCGAGACGCUAAGAUGUCGAGUCUAAAGAACAACGCCUGCCUCAUUGCCUUUGAAGGUGCUCCGGAAGCGGUGACCACCCAGCUUCGCCUCCUGCCCGCAUCGCCAAACAUCCUCGUCCUGCCGGCCAUCCAGGCGUACCUUGAAGAGGCAAACCUAGCCACAACCAAAAGUGGAUCGGCCUCUAGCUUCACCGGCUCCUCUUUUGAUGCCCGCAGUUUCAUCCGGAAUGUGCACGAGGCUGCUGCGGCUCGAAACAGAGCCGCUGCCGACUUCCUGCGCUUGAACAGCUUCACGAAGAAGUGCCACGACCAACGACUCGUCUUUCUGGAGGGGGGCACAACCGCCAGCCAUGCGUUGUGUGUGGAGGCCAUCCGUAAGCACGACAAUGCUGCUGGUGGCGAUCUGCAGCUUGCUGCUUUGCUGUUCGAGGAGCUGGUAGCGGGCGGCCUGGCUGGGCUGGAUGCCAGCAACGUUGCUCUCCAGCCAACACAGCCAUCGCGCGGUGUCUCCAAGAAUAGUGACAACGAUACAGACUCCGACACCGACCCCAGCACAAGGGCCAUGCGUGCCGCCGAAGCACUCGACAAAGAAACGGAGAGCCUCCAGCCGGCCAACCACUCCCUGCUGGAUCUCACUCGACAACGACGUCACAGCCUGAACCUGCCGAUUCACGGUGACAGACUAGCGAACUUCGGCCGUCGUGUCAGUCAGGCUUCCGUCCAGAGCAACGCUAGCAGUGUGUGGAUGACACGGUCAGGCGUAGGCAGUGUUGAUGCCACAGAGAGCUUCCUCUCUUCGCCGUUUGCGUCACCUUCCUCGGCCAUCUUUCCCUUGUCCAUGCAGCCGGAUGCCAUUGCUGCAGCCAUGGCUACGACUUCGCCAGCACUGGGACAGUCACGCGGGCGAACACGAUGGCGAGCCCGGUCGCUCGAACGUCAGCCGCUCUACAGCGACAGCAGACCACCACCAGAGGGAAGCAGGGAGUCACUGGGCGACCGUAGCAUAAGCUUCUUGCUCAGUCGCGACUCAUCGUUGCGGCCUGUGUCAGGAACGACCAUGGAUUCGAUUUUGCUGAUGCAGAACACGAGGCCAAGACCGUCGUCGAUUGUGCCAGCCGUGCCACUGCUGCUGGCUGGUACGUUUGAGCAGCUAGGCGGGCCUAGUCGAAACAGACAGUCUCCUCUGCCUAAGCUGCGGCUCCAGACGGGAUCGGCGGUAGCCGCCAAGCCUAUGUGUGUCGACCGUGGCACGGAUGCCACUAGGCCGUUUGAACCUGAGGCUGGGUCUGAUCCCGUGCUGCCCUUAGUGGAAGACCUGGUCAUUCACUUCCAUGAUGGGCUUUCACACCCAGUCCUGGACCUCGCCAUAGCGCGGAGCCGAAGUAUGGCUGACGACAGUGUGUGCAUUCGUGAUGACGUCUUUCGCACAAAUCCAGCAACACCAGGUACAACCCGGCUACAACCGCAAGGCACGCCAUCAGCGCAACAUGCUCCACGACCCUAUACUCCCAAAACACCACCGGGUGGGGCUCUGGCAGACUCCUCGUUGCCUGCAGUAGCAAUCACAGCACCACGGUCGAGCCUGGAUGGGUACGACCCUUUCGCUGCAACUGGGUACAAAUAUGCGAUGGACAAUAGAUCGUCUCGGUACUCACAGCCCUCUCCGAGCACUGUCAGGGCAACGGAUAGGACACAGCAGCCACCUACCCCAGCACAGACACCGCCUCCCACAAUCGUGAAGCAGACGAAGCAGCACUGCUUCGUUGCACUGUUGACGACAGAGCAUCCAACGGCCAUGAAAAUGCAAAAUGCCUUGCGAGCCGCUCUCGGCGACCACCUGAAGCGACCGGCUGACGGCCAGAAUAAGCACGAGCGUGCGAGUGAAGACGACCUGUCUGCCUAUCUGUCGUCGAUAGACUGCGAUCUGUGGACACCGCUAUUGGGCAAGGACGGCGGUUGCAUUGAUCUGAUACUGGCCCUGGGGGUGCAGAAUGGCGUCCGACCUGCGCUCACGGCCACGGUGAUGGGCAGGCUGUUAUCUCUCGGGGCCACAUCAUCAACAGCGUGGAGCAGCCGCAGUGGUCGACUAGAUAUCCGGUACUUGGUGGUCCUUGCCCGUCAGGCACAAACGACACUGAAGAGCUCCAGCAACAAAGACUCUGCCAAGUCGCUGGCUGCACUCAUCGUGCCACAGCUCGAACUUUAUCUCCGGACGCACCCUUCCAUACGCUUCUUGAUGUUGGACUACCCGGUCGAGCUGCUGGGUGUGGUCUUUGAGCUGCAGCAGCUGCUGGGCCAAAGCCUGUUGCAAGUGGCGGCACUGCUCGCUCCCCGCGCCAAAUCCGCCCAGACAACGGCUACGCUAUCGGACGAAACCGAUCCUUAUGCACGUGCUGACCUUUUGCUGUCGGCAAAUGCGACUGAACUCGACAUCUCAGCGUUCGUGGCCUCGGUUCAUCGGCGUUUGGUGGGCACAUCGAUCCUCACCGUGAGCGAUCGUCUGAAGACAAGCCUUUUGACAUUGCGACGCUGCUCUUCUCUCAGCGGCCCAGCCUCGCCAUGCUCCUUCGUUUCUACCGCCUCAUCAACUCUGAUCGACGCCCCUGCGGCCGUGCCUGCGCCUGCAAUGGCUGUGUCUGUGCUGUCUGGCCGCAAUAGCCGCCUUGUGGCGAAGACGGUGCAAGUGAGCGGGUCUGCAGCGGCUAUAGCACGGGAGAGACGCAGAACCCAGAUGGAAAGGAUGCAACAUGUGAUGAGCAUGGUUAGUUUGAGAGCCAGCAACGCCGCCCUUUCGAGGAGCAGCGGGGAGGAAAACAGAAUCGACGAAGACGACGAUGAAGACGAAGAAGACCUGGACAACGACAUGUACAUGCGAAUGUUAAUGCCGCUGUUCCUCCGCGAAGAGAGAGCCCAGCUUGCUGAUCUGGGCGGUGCAGGCUUCCAAAGCCGCCAAACGGGAGCGACAGCCACAAAAGAAGCAGCCGGCGAAUCAUCAGCCCCGGAUGCAAAUGGCAACGUUGUGCGCAGCCGGGCAGCAAGUGAAGCGCAAAGGCAUAUGGCGGGUGACGCCAUCAUUAGUCAAAAGGCGCUCAGGUGGUUGGGAUUAGAGUGA